CCUUUCUUCAAAGUCAAAAUCCCUAAUAUCUUUAGAAUUAGAAACCAUCUUCUUUCAUUUAUUCUCAAAAGGCAUUUCAUCUCAAUGAUCUCUUCUCCCUUCCCCACCUGCUGUGGCGAGAAACGAUGGAGGAAGAGAGAGAGAUCUGAGGGGAUUUGGUUGGUGAUAGCAUAGCAAGGAGUUUUCCGCAAAGGAGCUGGUUGCACGAAUUAGGUUGACUGUAGUCUUGGCUUAGUCAAAACAGUUUCCCCCUUUCUUUCAGUCUUCUCCUCAGUCCCACUUCCGCCCAGAAAUGGCUGCUGCAACCUCGAACCCUCCUCAAUUAUCGGGUCCGGUUGGAGCCCUAAAUUUGCUCCCUUCCAUAGAUAUGACCACGCUCUCCCAAUCCGAGCUACGAGCUCUUUCCGUCUGCUCCGCUUCUUCGCAUGCCGCCUCUGGUACCGGCGAAAUCGUGAUCCCGGCUAUUGACCGCUCCAUCUUCAACGAGAGCACCGGUUCCCGCCGUCAAACGUACUCUCGGCCCUCGCCGCACCACCAUCACCAUCGUCACCGGCUCGCCGGGGUUCUCCCUAAACUCGCUGCCGCCGCUCCUCCUGUGUCUUCCACUGCUUCUGAAUAUCUGCAUGACCCGGCCAACGACCCUGACCGUCCGGAGAACCUCUCCAUAAUCCGUUUCCUGAAGCAAUUCCUCUCCACUCACCCGGACUUCCAGCAACAGGAGUUGGAUAUUUUCAGCCAUUUUAACAAUCCCGUCGACUUGGUCUCUCCUGCUUCACCUAAAAGGAAGAGGAAGAGAGGGAGGAAGCCCAAAGCGAAAGUGUUGGUGAACAGGGAGCCAAAGGAAGAUAAGUUUGUGGAGCAGCUGGAGAUGGUGAAUAAAAAUGGAGCGGUUGUGGAUUUAGCGGAGCUAGCGAGUUUGGAGGAUCCAUUCAGUGAGGAGUUGACGAGGAGGACCCUAGGUAUGACAAAGGAAGAAGAAUUGUUGGGGUUCUUGAGGGAUUUGGAAGGGGAAUGGUGCAGCAGGAGGAGGAAGAGGAAGUUUGUUGAUGCUGGGGAGUUUGGUGAUGCGCUGCCCCUUGGUUGGAAGCUUUUGCUUGGGCUUAAGAGGAAAGAAGGCCGUGCCUGGGUGUAUUGCCGCAGAUUAGUGAGUCCUGGUGGACAACAUUUCCUGUCAUGCAAAGAAGUUUCAGAGUAUAUGCAAUCUGUUUGUGGAGGCCAUGUUGUCGCUCCUCCUCUGGGAAAGGUAUCCAUGCAGCAGCAGGAUAACAGAAUGAUCUUCGUAAGGAAUAGAGAGAUGGCUGAUGGAAAGGUGCCCAGCAAAAGUGACAAGGAACUUGGGCUAGAGAUGGAUAAUUUGGCUGAAGUUCAAAUACACGACCUUUUCGAAUGCCGUAAAUGCAAGCUGACAUUUGAUGAGAGGGGCUUGUAUCUGAGCCAUCUUUUGUCGUAUCACCAGAGGACAACGAGGAAGUAUAGACUUGGAUCCUCUGUUGGAGAUGGUGUGAUAGUUAAAGACGGGAAGUAUGAAUGCCAGUUUUGCCAUAAAGUGUUUCAUGAAAGGCGCCGAUACAAUGGCCACGUGGGCAUUCACGUCAGGAAUUAUGUGAGAGGGGUCGAAGAAUCACCUGCGGAGCGAAUGGCGGCACUACAGAAGCCAACUGAGAGUCCAGUGGAGGAUGAGUUACCUUCAGCUGCUAGGAUCUCUAAAAUGGAUGCGUUGGUUGAAAUUGCACAGAACUCCAUUCUGGAAGCCUCAUCUUCCGUGGCUAAUCAUGAAAACAAUGAUCGGUUGACUUCUGAUAUAAUAAGCAAUGUAGUAAUCUCUGUCCCUGCUUCAGCUUUGGGCGGUGAAGUUACGGACGGUAAUUCUCCUAUGCAUGAUGUAGAAAUGGACGAUGGCAUGAAAGAAGGAUCCCCUGAAGAUGAUAUACAUCUUCAGAAGAAAGAUGGUCCUGUUGGACCCCAUGAAGCAGAUGAUGCAAAAAAUGAUGAAGUGCAUAACCAGAAGAAGGCAGUUGAGAUGGCAGUUGGCUCUGUGGGCAUUGAGGGUACUACCACAGCAGAACUAGCAGCGCUGCGAACAGCUAAAGACGAACCAACCAUGUUGAUGAUGUUGCCACCACCUGAUGUUUUCUCUACAGAAUCCACCGUCAUUGCAACCUUGGAUAAGGAAGAUAAAGGAAUUGAUGAGGCUCACAGAAGGCAAGACAAGGUAGCAGAGAUGGAGGGACUGAGAGUAGAGGACAUGGAAGUGGUUGGUUACGGGACUGAACAACAAGAGCCCUUCGUUCACGAAGCUGAGAUGGGAAGCAUGUGCGGUGUUUCGGAGGUCCUGGACUCUGAGUUGGGAUCAAGCAGGGUCCACAGACCAGAAGAGCUCCCAACAAUGUGUAAUUGGUGCGGGGUGGAGUUUGGCUACCCAUCUUCUUCUGAUACGGGUUCACAGUCAGGGUCAGCUGGUUACAUGUGUCCCAGCUGCAAGUUAGAAGUCGCGAUGGAGGCCAUGGAUGGAGACAGAGAAAAAUAGAGCUAAAUGCUAGUGUCCAUAUUUGUCGCUACAUUCUUUCUCUCAUACUUAAAAGCUUAAAAGGGUGUGAGUUCCGUUUAGGCCGUACAGCAGAUAAAGUUGUUAUUUGCUCUAGUUGUGUAUAACUGUGGAAAUGCUUCUGUCCAUCAUAUCCUUUUGUACCUGACGUCUUUCCUCGUUAAAUCAGUUACUUUUCGGGUUAAUUGCAAGUUUGGUCACUGAGUUUAGGGGUGGACAACGGGACGGGAUACCCGUCCCGUUUGAAACGGGUACCCAAUCUCAUUUGGAGAGCAAUCUUCAUCCCAUUCUCAAACCCGUAUGGGUUAACGGGUGCUCGUUACCCGUACGGGACGGAUAACGGGUACCCAUACUACCCGUAUAUAUGAUGACUCGAUAUUUGCACAUGUUUUCCCCUUUGUUU